CGUAGCCAGUAGCAAAGCACAAGAAGACGAUCGAUCGAGGCGCCAGCCGCGCUACCGCUACGCAGCCGUCCUACAUGCAGAGGAGCACCGAGCGAUCGAGCAGCAGCGACAGUAGCUGGCCGUCGCCGGCGAAACGCCCCGCGGGGCGCACCAAGUUCCAGGAGACUCGCCACCCGGUGUUCCGCGGGGUGCGGCGCCGCGGCACGGCGGGGCGGUGGGUGUGCGAGGUGCGCGUGCCGGGGAGCCGCGGGGAGCGCCUCUGGGUCGGCACCUUCGACACCGCCGAGGCGGCCGCGCGCGCGCACGACGCCGCCAUGCUCGCGCUGCGCGGGCCCUCCGCCAGCCUCAACUUCGCCGACUCGGCGUGGCUGCUCCACCUCCACGUCCCGCCGGGCGCGCCGGCCGCUUCCGGCCUAUCCGACGUCCAGCGCGCGGCCAACGAGGCCGUGGCGGACUUCCAGCGCCGGGUGGCCGCCAGACGCGCCGCCGCCGCCUAUGGAGGCGCUUCGGAGGCUUCAUCGGCGCCUGCAUUGACUGGCAACGACUUGGGGGCAACUUCCGCUGCGGCCGAUGCACUCCCGGCAGGGGCAGCCUUGGACACUGACAUGUUCCAUGGUGACAUGUUCGGCGGCAUGGAUGCCGAUUCGUACUACGCUAACUUGGCCCAAGGGCUGCUGCUGGAACCGCCGCCGGCCGCCGUGGACUGCUUGGAGGACGACGAAUGCGGCGGCGCUGAAAUGGACCUGUGGAGCUAGCUACUGUAUACACGCUACACAUAACAAAACAGUGCGAAGUUACUUUUGACGGCUUCUCUUUUUAGUUUUAGUUGAAAACAUAAACCGGUAAUUAGAAGUUAGAAUGAAUCAGAUUGACAUAUUUUCACAAAUCAGUAGUAGAACAAAAUGUAUAUUGAACCUGCCAACAGUUUGGCUGGAGUAUUUCAUAUUUGCUCA